AUGAGUGCAUCGGGGCAUCUUCGGCGGGCGGGGCCGCCGCCAGGAUCUGCUUCCUGCUGGAGAGCGGUGCGGCAGCCUUCCCGGAGCCUCCACAGCGACGCGCGUCGAGGGGCGACUUCUGACUCUCUCAUUUUCCGAUAUGGAAGACAGGGGACGAGACUUUCGGGCCAGUUCCUCUCACCUGUGCAAGUUCACGGCGGGAAGACGCCCCCGUCCCUUUCACUGAUCGAUCACUCGGCUGUCCGCUCGUCUAUUCGUCAGGUCUCCGUGUCUCCUUCUUGCUCGUCAUUUGCGUUGCCUUCCUCCUUCUCGCGCUCCCCUAGUUCUUCCUGUCCGUCCCUUUCGCCGGAACUUGAACAGCCGUCGUGCCGGCAGCGACUGCCUUUUCGCCCCGGCCGCUUUUCUGUUUUUCUUGACGUGGCUUCUCGCCCUCUCAGCCACGCAGCCACGCCGCACGCGUCCGUUCUGAGGCAGCCUCCUUUUCCAGCAGCGCCCGAACCCGCUUCGUCUCUCGGACCGGGAGAAACGUCUGAACUCUCUGCAUUUCGAGAGGGACCGCCUUUCUCGUUUCCCGGUAAGCGACAGCCUGCGGGAUUGCCUGACACGCAGGAUGGAGCCGCUGAAGAGCGAAAGGAGAGGGAGGUCUACGGGGCGAUUCUGGAGCGCUAUCGGGCUCUGCUGUACGCGAUUCCACACGUCGGAGCAAGUGAACAGAAAGACGCGCAUGCACACGAAGAGGAAGGCCUCGGCGACGGGACCCGUCCAGAAGCUGUUGGCCACGGACUCUGGGGAAAGAAGGCGAACCGACAAAAUGUGAUUGAGUUCCUCGUUGCCAGUGAAGAGGGCCUUCGGCUCUGUGACACCAAAGGCUUCGUCGAUAUCGCCACCCUUCCAGUCCUUCGUCUUCCCCUUCCUCCGCCUCUUUUGUCGCACUUUGUCCGCGCUCUUGUCGAAGUCGCUCUCGACUCGCCGUCUCUCCGCCCACUCCGCACGUGCGUCGAAAAACUCGUCUCUGAUGGAGAAAAUCAUGCAGAUCAGUCUGAGCCUCCCGCAGCCUGUUCUCCCUCGUCUUCGCCCUCCUUUCCAUCCGUCACGGCUUCACUCUCUCCCUCACAGAGUGAAGAGUUACGUCUCGCAUGCAGUCAGGUCGAACAGGCUUGGGGCCUGCCUCGCCUCGUCAACUUCUACAUCAUAGUCUGUACGCUGGAUCGGCGUGGUGUUCUGAGGGAUGUUCCUGGCGGUUCCAAACUCCGAAACAUGGCAACUCUAGGACUGCUGUCGACUCUGAAAAACGGCGACGGAGAGCGACUCCCUGUGUCGCCGGCACAGCUCCUCCAAGCCCUGUCUAGCACGCCUCAGGGAAAAGGAGACUGCCACACCACGGCCCUGGAAAGGGCUCUUCAGGGAGCUAUCGCUCGCCGUCUUAUAGACGAAUAUUCCGCCCCGACUGAUGAGAGUUUCGAACGACAAGAGCACCUCGUGUCCCGUCUGCAGUUCCUCUCCAGAACUUUGCGCGCCGUGCUUGCCCGCCAGGCUCUGCAUUCUUCCCUCCUGCCGGCUCUGGAACAGAGCCUGACAGGCGUGGUUCGUCAAUUAGAAACGGAGCACACUCGACUGCGCCGGCGCCUGGCCGGAGACGCCAAGGCCCAGGAAACUGCACCAUCCCUCAGCGCUCUCGUCGCAUGCCACGCAGCUCUCCUUCCGAGUCUCGCGGACUGCGUCGUUGCAUCGGAACUUCUCCAGCAAAGGCUCUCGGCCUCGACAAAGACCGAGGCGAGCGGCGUGGAUGCGAAGCAGAAGACAGAGCUGUUUUCUGGUCGGGGAGAACUGAAUGGACACUCACGCACCGUGAGACGAGGGGGGGACAGCGGGCGCGUCCGGGAAGCGCACGAGAAUCUUCGAAGAAGCUUUGUCGCUCUUCAGACGCAGGUAUUUCAGGCUGCGCGUCAAGCUGUGGAGGAAGACGCACAGCUGGGACACAACGGAUUUACGCAGCAACUUGUUCGAUACCUGAAAGAGCCGCUGCGGGCUGCCGUGUAUCUGCAGCAAAACGCUCGGAAGAUGGAAAUGAUGAAUGGAAACGCUGUAUCCCACAGGCCGCUUGAUGUCGAAUUUACCCGAGGCCAGCACGACAACCUCAGUAGAAAGCACACCGAAAGUCCACUUGUUGGUUCCAGAAUCCGCCGGACGCGAGUAGACGAAAGUGCAGCUGGGGAGGGAAACGCGUGGAAACGAACCGAAAGCCUUCUGGACGCCCUUGGAGGUCCUUUGGUGGAGUUCCUGGAGUGUCUGUACACCAGUGCAACUGUGCGGGCGGCCACGCCCGUGGGGAAAGGACACACAGGUUUCGAACGGACGUCAAUGCCGUGUAGAGCUGAAGGUACCUCAGCUUCGAGAGCAGAGCCACAGCCAAAAUGGACUCCAGCCUCCUCUUCAUUCUCAGAAACACCGGCGGAAACGGCUCAAGAGGCUGCUGCCCCAUCUCGUGUACAGACAGCGUAUCCGCAUGUUCCGCCUAACUCUCCGUUUGCUCUCUUAGCUACCACGUCGCGUCUUCCCGAAGCGCAGGCUGUCGCUUCGUCCACUCCGCAGGCAGAAGGGGGGGCCUCUCUUCAGGCGGCUCCGUCUCCCUUCACUUCGUAUCUCGGCGCAGGGGGGACAUCGCAUGCGCUCGGAAAUGGAGAGUCUGUGAGGCCGGAACUUGCUGUGGAUGGGCGGGAAGCGGCAGGUAGGCGUGGGCUUCUCGACGAGCUCCAGGACGAGGGAGGGGUGCUCCAGCUGGCGUCAGUCUUUCUUCGGCAGUCUGACGCAGAUUGCGGGAAGCUGUAUGACGUUCUGCUCCCGCUCCUACCAGAGCUUCCGAAGCCCUGUCUCCUUCAGCUUUUGAAAAUCCUUUCUCAAGUCGGUCUUCUGCCUACCUUGUCGGUCGAAUCGCCUCCACCUCCGAUUUCGGCUGCCCCUGCCGCCACGCCCGUUGUGACGGCGUCCCCCGCUUCGUUCCUCGCAGCACAGCUGGCGGCGCGGCUCGUGCGAGAACCGUCGAAAAAGGCAGAAGAGCAGACGAGCUGGUCGGAGGGAGAGAAAAGUCCCGCAAAGAGUAGGGAAAGGAGCACCAACGAGAGCAACGCUUCGCUGAACCGCGGGGAAAGCGUGGCGAACCCAGAAGUGGGCGAGGAGCUGCAGCCCGGCGUAGGUACACCAGGAGCCUGUGCACACGCCAGUGACGCGAGGGGUGACUCAGGGGGUUGCUUGUCUCAGGAAAACGGCGCGGCCAAUCCGCCGUGUCACCCUGAUGGCUCGCGUCCGAUGCCGCUCUUUGACGCGAUUGUCGCCGAGCUGGAGAGACGCCGUCGAUGCGCCGGAAACCUCUCGGGAAACAGCCGACGUCAGGGGGCGCCUCCCGAAGGUGAGGAGGACUGGAUGAGCGUCGGAGACCUUCUUCUCUUGUCGGCGUGCUACGGGACGAAAGAAAUCGCGAAGGAAGUGAGAAACCCUUCGUCGCUCGUCUUCUUCUCGGACAGUUUGCCGUCUCUGGCGGCGGCGCGACUCCAGUCUCUCGUUCAAGAAGCACGUGAAGAAAAGGACAAGACUCCUGGAGAACAAGCUGCGUUGUUGGUGGCUCGAGUGACACAAGCUGUCGAGGCGGUCCACCGGCACAGCGCCUGCAUGCCCCACGCAGCGUCGCCAGCUAAACCGUCGCUCGACCCUUGCACGGAGCGUCCUUCGCCUUCGGCAGCCGCCUCGGAUUCGAGGCCCGACGCGACGGCGUUCGCGUCUUCGCCGUUCUCGCCCUCGCGAGGCCUGGCCUCCAUGGAGAUGUCCCGUUUCUUUGAAGUCGCCGCCAAUGUGUGUUCCCCUUUGGUUGUUAACCUUCCGGCUGCGUCGCUCGGACUGCUUCUCGGCGCGCUUUCCCGAGGGACGUUCAGCCACACGCAAGAGUUGAAGACUGCAGGCGCUGGCCUUCCGGGCCGUGAAUCCUGGGCAGAGAGCACGGAGCAGACGGAGGACGCGCUACGGAUGUGGAAAGCACACGCAGAGGUCCACAACGGAGUUGCGAAGUCUCUGCUACAGCGCCACAUGGUGCCGAUGCUCACGAGUGGCCAGGCGCGUCUCUUCCUGCUCUCGUUCCUCGGCCUUCUCCAACUUCGCGACGGCCUCGUCUCUCCCGUUGGUCGAGCAGCGUCGGAGAAGCCUUUGGGAGAGGUGCCGGUGUUUGCCUCUGCCUUCCUGCAAGACGCGCAUGCAGCGGAGCUUUGGCGAGACACACAAGAGACAUUCGAGGCGAUGUUCCGGCAGAUUCUCGCCGCUCUGGGGAGCCAAGUGCGGAGCGCGUCUGCGGCGUCUGAUGAUGAUAUUGCAGAAACACUUCACCUCAUCAACGCUAUCUCUCGGCUUUCGCCCAGAGCCGCUGACCUUCUCGACACUGUUGGACUUCCUCUGGGACCUCCAGCGACUUCAGCCACGGGCCGCAGCCGCCUGCACUCGGGAGGCGGUUCCCUCGGGCCGAGUGUCUCUCUUCGGGAGCGACGAGAACGUCUGAAAGCCUUUUUUCAGUCGCCAGGACAGCUCGACGAGCGACGAGCGGCAGGCGCCUCUGUCUCCGGAGGCUUUCUCUCGCGCUGGCUCGGCCGUGGGUGGUGA